AUGUGUCUUAAAAAGUGCAUCGUUUUCUUUGCCUUUUUUAACCUCAUGUCAUAUGUAAAGAAAGAAAGCCAUGACUUAUGCCAGUGCCAGUUAACCCCAUAUCCUAUGCCGCAACCAGAAUUCGAUUACAUGGAAGAGGCCGCGCCUACUCUAGAACCAGAAACACAACCAUUACCAAAUCCGGAUGACGGAAAUAUUAACAGAAAUAAUUUUAAUUUUCGCAACAAUGGAAACUACAAUGGAGGAAAUGGCGAUGAUGACGACGACGACAAUGAUGAUGAUGAUGAUGACGAUGAUGAAAUAAUUGAUAACUCUAAUGAUGAUAAUAAUGAUGAUGAGGAUAUCAACAACGAUGAUGAUGAUGAUGGUGAUGAUGACGAAAAUAACGACAAUAAUAUUAAAAAUUCCAAAAAAAAAAGAAAAAGACAGAAUUUUUAG